UCAUGAGGAAUUUGAGGUGUGAAUGGUCAUUAACAUAUCUUUUGUUUCCAAGGGUGGGAGAGGUCUGAGGUGUGAAUUGGUCAUUACAAUGUGUGACAAGCUUGGUAGGAACAUCCUGUGUUCAGUGUUUUGUCCAUCUGAGUACCUUGAAAACGUUUUCCAUACAUUUUUUAUGACGAAAAAAGGCUCUGGACAGAACGGGAACUGGAAGAGUUAAAAAAAUAUUCAUAUAUAAUCGCUUAUAAACGCGAUUUGCCUCAUUUUACGUUUGAUAAAAUCGACUGCUGAAUGCAAGUUUUCUGCGU